UUCAUUUGUUGGUGAACUGGUGUGUGAACUGCAGUUCUAAUCCGGUCAAAUAACCAUGCUCACUAGUGUUGUUUCGGGAUUAUUGGUACCAGUGAAUAAAUGUCUGUUUGUGGCAUAUUUAUAUUUUAUAUGUUAUGGAAACGCACAUCUAGUAACACUUGGGAAAUCUAUUUCAAAACGAGUAAUAAAUGGUAAACCGACUGCUAAUGGUGAACACCCAUGGUUGGUGCGACUUUCAGAUGGAGACAAACAUAUUUGUGGCGGUACCCUAAUAAACGAAUGUUACAUUCUUUUAGCUGCACAUUGCGUGAAGUUAUUUAAUCCUGACAAGGUAACACUCGGUGACCACUCGAGGGUUAAUGCAGAAGCAGGUGAAAAGAUAUACACAAAGGGCGAUCCAGCAAAGGGAAAACAGACGUGGAAGGCCAAACCUCACCCUGAUGCGAAAGCGGCCAAUGUCUAUAUGCCAGAUAUAGCUCUGAUAAAGCUUGACCCUUGCAUUACUGAAACUGCGAAGAUCAAACCUAUCUGCCUAGCAUCAAAACAGCCAAAGCCUGAAUGCGAAGUGACUGUCUUUGGAUGGGGUAGCAAAAAUGCUAGAAAGCCGAGUAAAAUUGAAGAUAAACCACUCAAGAGAACUGAAAAGAUAGAAAAAUGUAAUGCAGAAGGCGGUGUGUGCAUCACCAUCAAACCUAUGACAGCAUUCCACGGUGAUUCCGGUGGUCCACUUAUAGGCAAAGGGAAAGAUGGCAAAGACUGCCAGGUUGGAAUAGUGCGUGGUAGAAAACCCGGAGAAGCAGACCUUUUCGUAGAUGUUUCCAAAUAUUUGGAUUGGAUUAAAAAGCAAAUAAAUGAUGAUAAAUGUCCUUGUGAUAAACCAACCGAACCAAAAACCUGUGAAAUUGUGAAGCCAGAAAAGGAAGGCGUCGAUGGCGGUGAAAAUAAAGAUGAUUCGAAAGAUGGCUCGAAAGAUGGUUCAAAAGAUGGGUCGAAAGAUGGUCCGAAGGAUGGUUCAGAAGAUAGCUCGAAAGAUGGUUCGAAAGAUGGUACAAAGGAUGGUUCAGAUAAUGGCUCGAAAGAUGGUUCGAAAGAUGGAUCAAAAGAUGGCUCAAAGGAUAAUAAUAAAUCUGACAAGAAAUGCCCACCCCCUGAAAAACCGAAAAAUGGAAAUGCAAAAUUUAAAAAACUUACUGGAGGAAGCACCGUCAAGUUUUUUUGUAGAAAGGGUUUCAAAUUGGUUGGACAGGCAAAUCAAAAAUGUGAAAACGGACGAUGGUCUGCUGUAACACCCGUUUGUAAAGGAGGCACUGUCUGUCCUGAUAUUGCACUUGGUCCCAACAUCCACAUCAAAUCAGGUCAACUGACCAAUAAUCGUGCAGGAGCACGAUUGAUAUUUGAAUGCAACGAGGGAUACAGAAUGGCAGGACGGAAAGUGAGACCAAAUAUCGUAUGCUCCAGACGCCUGAAAUGGAGUAGACAGGUCCCCAGGUGUUCCCCAUCGGACCAGAUUGUUCUAAGAACAUGUCCGGAUAUAGUUCUUAGCCCGAAUCUGCAUAUCAAAGAUGGCGUCGCAAAUGGUAACAGACCUGGAGACUCAAUUACGUUCGAAUGCAACGACGGCUAUCAAUUCAUCGGAAGAAAAGUGAAAUCAAUGAUAAAGUGUACUAUAAAAUCCAAGUGGACAUCAGGUGUGCCAAGGUGUUCAGCAGGUAAACGCCGAUUUAAAACAACACCAGCCAAGCCAACCAUGAAGACCAUGGAAACAUAUCCUACUGAACCGGACCCCUUCACUGAUGGGAUAAAGCUACAGACGACGCCUGCAACUAUAACACAUUCCGAUGGGCACCCAGAUGGAGUCAAUGAUAUUAGAUGUCCUGCCAUUGUCGAUCCAAACCAUCUGAUAGCUCACCCAGAAGCAUGUGAUCUUUACUAUCAUUGUGACGUUGGCGGACCACAUAUACACCAAUGCCCCAUGGGAUUCCUUGGUCAGUUACACUGGAAUGACGUCACUAAACAAUGUGAUGAGUGGAUCAAUGUUGGGUGUACCAAGGGUACCAGCGCGCGUUAAUUUUCCUUGAUUGACAUUUUGACGCCUGGUGUUUGCUUGGGAAACCCUUUCCCCAGCUAUCUCUAUGAACUUGAAUAAUAUAGAUGAAUGAAUAAGAGA